CCAGCGAAAUGCUCGCUACGUUAUGUAAAUAUUUAGAAAUUAAAGAUGAAAAAGAUAUGAAUAUUAGCAAUUAUUUAACUACUAUUGUCAAAAAAAGAAAAACGGUUGGUCGGGGAGACAAGACUGCGGGCCGAGGACAAAAAGGCCAAAAAUCCCGCAAAAGUGGUCAUGUUCGUCCGGGAUUUGAAGGAGGACAAACCGAAGUGGCACGACGUUUUCCCAAGCGAGGUGGCGGAUUUAGGCCCGACCGAAUUUCUUAUCAG